AUGACGCUGUCCUGCCGGGGUCCUGGAGAGAAGGCUCCUUAUCCCCCAGAGGAGCACGGUGUGAAGUCAGCCGUGACCCACAUCCGCAGCGAGACCUCCGUGCCCGACCAUGUCGUCUGGUCCCUGUUCAACACCCUCUUCAUGAACACCUGCUGCCUGGGCUUCAUAGCGUUCGCCUACUCCGUGAAGUCUAGGGACAGGAAAAUGGUUGGCGACCUGACUGGAGCCCAGGCCUGUGCCUCCACCGCCAAGUGCCUGAACAUCUGGGCCCUGACUGUGGGUAUCCUUGUGACGACUGCACUCACCAUCCUUUCACCAUGCUCCCCAGAGUCCCCGUUCCUGGGCCUGGAGGGCUCCUUUGGGACAGGAAGCACUGGCCGCCAGGCCUCUGACCUGCACCAGGAGACACGGGGACCUUUAGCCCCCACACCCGCACGGAGCAGGACUGCAACCCCAGGAAAGGACAAGGCAUUUCAGCAGAUGAGGCCUGUGACAAGUGAGGCGAGGGCUUUGGGGGAACUGCUGUGGGACCUGGCGUGUGGAGGCACCAGCACAGGCCUGGCAGGAGCCCUGAACCGGAACAGUGAGGUCCUGCAGCUGCUGGCCUGCGGUGUGGAGACUCCCAACGUAGGGGAAGUCUCCAGGACCCCCACACCCCUAACAAGAUGA